AUGUCUCAACAUAUUGCAUCAUCACCAUCAGAAGACAUUGAAAGAGUCUACUCCUUCUGGUUUGGCAAGAUUACUGCCUAUGAACAUCGUGUUAGAAUUGAUGGAAUUAAAGAAUCAAUGUCUGUGUGGUUCUCAGCAGGAAAAGAUCCCGAACAGAAGAAACAACUUGAUUCUGAUAUUAAAGAGCAAUAUGAAAGUUUGGCUAUUUCGGGCAGAGAAAUGGCCAAGAAGUUGUUGACAACAAUUCAAGAUAAUUCAUCAACAACUUUCAAUGAGGAAGUAUUUGCAGAGUUAACAAAAUCAUCAGAAUGGUUCUCCUCUCCGAAGGGAAUGAUUAGUUUGAUCAUUUUGUUUGAUCAAUUCUCUAGAAAUAUGUACAGAGGAUUGGCAGAGAGUUACUCCUUUGAUAUGUAUGCUUUGGCAAUCAGUAAGAGAAUUCUCUCGGAUAGACAGUUGUAUAAUUCCUUCAAGACUUUUGAGAAGAUUUUCCUCUUGUUACCAUUAGAACAUUCUGAGAAUUUGAUGAACCAAGAACAAUGUAUUCAAGAGUAUGAAUUGUUGGUAGAGGAGGCUCCUGAAGAUUUAAAAGGCUUUUUCCAAUACUUUGUCAAGUAUGCUCGUAUGCAUCAUGACUUAAUUGAAAAGUUUGGUAGAUUCCCCUUCAGAAAUCCAAUCUUGGGCAGAGAAUCAACACCAGAAGAAUUGGAGUCCAAAAUUUCCUUCCUUUAA